UCAUCGUUUUCCAAACUCUCUCAACUCAUUUAGCCAAGUUUCCCAAACAGCAAACAUACAUAAAUGUAAAAUAUUCCGUAAAACAUACAAUUUAUACAUUUUCCUUUGCAUUUCCACAUAAUUAUUAUUGAUUCAAGACGCGCGCGUCAAAGAUUGUUACCCUCGAGAGCUAGUAUUUCGAGGAUUCCCAACGCAGUCGCAUUAUUUCGAUGAGAAUGGUGCGCCCCAUUCGACGCAAGGGGAUCGAGGAGGUGUAUGGCUCCAAGAUGGACACCCUUCGACCGGUCAAGUCCGUGAUGGUGACACACGCAGCAGGUAUGAACAAGACGACGGCCCGGACAGCGGCUGGAGGAGGUGCAACCGGUGGUGGUGGUGGUGCACCGGGUGGGGGAAUCAUUAGUAGCCGGCAAACGGAGCAGCGUCCCCAGCGUAGCUUUGUGACCGAAAACGACUAUUACAUCACCACCAAUCUGCCGAUGACGGCCAACAAUUUGCGAAACGCCAACGCCACCGCAUCCCAGAUAAUGCCGUCGCCGUACAACGCCAUGUCCUCGCGGCGCAACAACUUGGUCGUCAAGGCCAGCGCCCGUCAGCCGCAGAUGACCAAGGUGCCGCACUUUGCACCGCCCGAGAGCAAGGUGAACAAUAGCAUCUACACUAUGGCCAAGCCGAAGGAAAGCCAUCGCCACGGCAAGUGCCACACUCAGCGGAGCAACUAUGCAUUGAACGAUUGUGUCGAUUUCUCCGACAAGGAGCUGAUGGGAAACCAAGCCCAAAGCCACAACCACCAUCACCAGCAUAACCAUGGCCACCAGAUGCAGUUGACCCAGAACAUGGUGGUGCAGCAUCCGACGCAGCAUCAGCUGCACCAGCAGCAGAUGUCCCACAACAGUCACAACAAGCAGCAGCAACGUCACCUGCCGUAUCUGCAGCAGCAGCAGCAGCAUCCGCAUCCCCAUCAGAAGCACUCGCGUGGACGUGGUCAGCCAAACCCGACCAGCAGGGCGCACGUGAGUAUUGCCGAUGACGAUGACGAGAAAGAGGACGAUCCCGAGGAGUUCUUCGAGCUAAUACGCCAGACCGUACAAAAGGCCGUUGGGAAUACCAUUUCAGAUGCACUGUUAAAGAAUUUCCGGGAUCUGGGCCAAAAAGUCGAUAGGUUUUCCGGCGAACUGAAGCAGACCAACGAGCAGUUGGAGAAGCUGCAGGAGAUGGUCACCAGCAAGGUAAUCUAUUACGGCGAGGAGAACUCGCGUCACUUCCGGUAUCUGUGCAUGAAAUCCGAGUACGACAAGAUGUUCUACCAGCACCAAUCCAUGAUGGCCGGCAAUCCCACACCGGAAAUGGUCAGUGCCUCGAAAGCAAAUCUCACCGAAGCCGCCUCGCAGGCCUCCAAGCUUGGCUGCAAGCCAUCGCAGACUCUAAAGCACUCCGGCAUAAAGGUGUCUAAGAACCAAUCCAAAAUAUUCACCAGACGAGACUUAAGCGACAUGGUGAAGCCUCAGACUUCGUAUCAUAAUAAACCUAAGCAGCAGCAGAAGGGAAUGGCAGAGCCCCGCAAGACGUGCUCGGACCAGAGUCUCACAGCCAAGUCCUCGGAGAUGGGCAUGCGGGAGGUGCUGGGACAAAUCCAACGCUUUUGCAACCAGAUCCAGAUGAAUGAUGGGAACAAGACGCUGCCCAAUCUAGGGGACAUCCUGGUGCCAAAGAAACAAUCCAAUGAUGGACUUUGUGAGCCUGGGGGCCUGAUCGCAUCUCGCAAUAUGGCCGGCUGUCAGGGGGAUAAAAAAGACGAGGACACUGAACUGGAUACUCCCUUGGACAGCAUGGAUGAGUAUGCGGGAAUGGAUGAGUUCCAAUUCUCCUCGGAAGUCUCGUCCUGCAGCGACGACGAUAUGUAUAACCAAAAGUAUACUACCGGAGAUGUAACCACACGCGGACCGGCUUUGGGAAUGCGCAAUGCGGCUAACAAGGGAGCCGGAGAUGGACAAUAAAUUAGAUUCUGGGAAUAUGUAUAUCUGAAAACAAGGAAUAUUUCCAGCAAUUUCAACGCUUUAAUCCUCCAUUUGGAGGCCACAAAAUUGUAUAAUAACUUGGUUUUAAAAUUUAGAAAUCGGACUAAAAGCUAUUUUAAAAAUUUAGAAAACAUCAUCGAGGUUAGUCAAAA